CGUUUCCAAUAACAUUCUUAGCCUCUGUAAUUAGCUUAUCAAAAUGCCGGCCCACCAUUGCGCCAAAUUUGGCGCAGAACAUCUCGCAGUCGCGGAUCGGGCGAACGCUUUUGGUAAUUGAGCUCGUAAAAAACAUAAAAAAUACGUAACAGCCUUACUGCGAUAAAAGAAGCUUCUCCUUGGCGCCCGUAAUUGGGGUGGUCUGCUGUCGUCUGCACUAGUCGUUCCUCACUCACGUGCGUGGAACUCGAUCACCAUCAUCAUUGCUUUUGUUUUUAUUUAUUUUCCACUUCAUAAACAACAGGCCUUUUUUGAUAUUCCUUCAACAGUUGUUAAUUUCUCAACAGAAGAAAGAAAGGCGGAUUUGAAAAAUAUAUUCAUAAUUUCAAAAUUUAGAAUCUCUCAAAUCUGGGUAUUUUACGUGAAAUCAGAGACUGAAGAACUAUGUGUUCUAUAAAGAAAUGCAAUUCAUAGGGACAAAAGAAUUAGGUAGAAUUUUUCAAAACUACUUGUUUGCUUUGCAGUUGCUUAUCACAGCAAGGAAAGAGAGUUGAAAAUGUGAAAUUUUGAAUUCUGAAUGUCUUUGAAAUGCUCCUUAUCGUGUGCCAUAUCACAUAUAAAAUGAUUGUUUCGGUGGAAGACAUAAAUAUUAAUUGAGUGAUUUUUCAACUCAGUUUGUUUUGGAUUUUAUUUUAUCAGGUAACGAACCAUAAGGUUGUUUCGAUCGCCAGGAAGUAAUAGUUUGGCGUGUGAUGAUACAACAGACAUAUCGAGCUAUCCAGGAUAUCUGUUGAUAAAACUUCUUAGUGAAUUAAACAAUAAGGCCUAUUAAGACUUUCAUCUCCACAGCAUGAUGCCUUUGGCACCACUACCUGUGGUACCUGUUCCUUCUAAACCAAAGAUGGGCUUCAGCAUUGAAGCACUGGUGGGCAAAGAACGUGAUCAUCAUCACAGUGGUCGAUCUCCACCACCACCAAGGUCCGGCUCGAGUCCAGGAGAGGACCUCAGUAAUGGUCGGACUUUUAGCACCAGUCCUAGACAGCGGGCUGACCCUCCAGUUGCCCCCGUGCCAACUUUCCCGAACGGCGGCGUGCCUUCUAGCUUGAGCGGAAGCGGCAACCUCGCGGCGGCGGCGGCGAAUGCCGCCUUUUUGGACUCCAUAUGCGGAAGCCGGACGGCUAGUGUGCUUUACCCGCCGCACCACCACCAGCACGAACACGCUGGGGGGUACACGGGAAUGCCGGGCUCUUGCUCCCCCCACGUGUCGCCCUUUUUCUUGGGAAGAGAAACUUACCCCUUGUACCCGUGGCUGCUAGCGAGGCAUCCGAGGUUCCUUGCACACCGGUUACCUGGUCCAGAUGGGGCUGGAUUCCUGUUGCAUCCCUUCCGAAAACCCAAGAGGAUUCGAACAGCGUUCUCUCCCUCGCAACUCCUCAAACUGGAGCAUGCCUUUGAAAAGAAUCAUUACGUGGUCGGGGCUGAGAGAAAACAACUGGCACAAAGUCUCAGUCUCACAGAAACACAGGUGAAAGUUUGGUUCCAGAAUCGACGUACGAAGCACAAGCGCCAGAAACAAGAGGAGGAGCAGACUAGCAGACAGACGGAGAAAUCAUCAUCAUCCGCAUCAUCAGGCGAAUCAAAACACCAUCACUCGCACUCUGCAGGAAGCCACGAAUAUGCCAAUAAGCAUAACUGGCAGAACGGGGAAGAUGCGCCCUCUUCACCUAUCUCGGAUGACGGAUCUAUGGUGGAAAUAGAAAGUGCUCCGGAAUCUCCCGAGAUGGCGCCACUAUCGACGUGAAACGCCGCCAUAUUUAAAUAAACAUUUCUCAUAAUCCCUGCAGUUUCAUAACUUUGUAAAGACUAAUAUAAAAACAAGGACAUUUUGACAAUUCUUAGAGACUGUUUUAAAUUUGGACAAAAUGAAUUACAUUGUGCUGCAUUGAUACAGAUAUUUCGAAUUGAUAGGGGAUAUUUAUGGGAAAGAAUAAGUGGAGAACUCGAAGAAAAAACUACCAGGCAGCAUAGCAACAUUAUUAAGCAAUACGAAGAACAAAAUUUCACUGCUACCUCUGUUCAUUGAUUUUUUUUUUUUUUUUCCAGUGUUGAGUCUGUAUGGCUCGAGUUGGUUCCCGGUUAUAAGAAACUUUCUGUCUGGAAGUAAUGCACCGUCGAAUUCUCCUUAGAAAUAACUGGCUUCCACCUAUCUGCCAGAAAAUGACUUUCAGUUAGUUUCUUACUUUAAAGGAAAGAGUCUGAGAAUUUCUUCUGUAUGGAGAGGAUUACUUGUUUAAGAAUUCAUCUGUUUGCAAGAUUUCUCUUCCAUGGAAAUUAUUUUCAGUUAAGAAAUUCUUUGGUCACACAGACGACUUCUUUAAAAACUUCUGCUUGAAAACACACUUAAACAGGGUUGAAGAAAAAGACAUCAUGGGUAUAAUCAGUAACGUUAAUUAUUAAUGAAUCUUACUGAAACAAUGUCACAAUUUAUAUUUUUUUACUUCCAGUUUCUUUAUUCAAGUCCGAAGUCUUAUUUCAAAUAAAACAUUGGCUACUUUCCAGACGAACACUUUUUAUUAGUAAAUAAAAUAAAAAGUAUUAAUUCCAUAAGGGACAUUAACUGGAAACUACUUCAAUAUUUUCUUAAAAUGUAUAAAAAGGCAAAUAUGUCGACAAUUUAUAAAAAAGUUUUCUGGCUAUCUUCCACGAUUCAUAUUUUCAUAUGCAUACUCCCAUGCAACAUAGCAUUCUACAAUUCAUAUUCCCAUAUGUUGCAUUCUUCAUUCCUGUUUUUUUAAUAUUGCAUUCAGUUUUAUAAGCAACAGUAAUUAGCAGUCAGGAAACUUAGUCCUUAGUAAGGACUUUUCAAUAUUAGACAUACAUCCUACAUUUUUUUCCAUUAAUCAUUAUUUAACGUUAAGUACAGAAUAUCUCAAGAAUGGGUUAUAUAGACAGAUAUCUCUUUCUUUAUUUGUUUGUUUAAUUAAAAAAAAGUAGCCAAAUUUUUUAGAUAUUUCUAGGUUUUACGGAAUUAGAAUAUUAACUGUCUGAAAGAGAAUGCUGAUGAAUAAAUUAAUUCCUUUCCCAUAUUUUAACGAGUACCUUUAAACACACAUUUUGUUCAAUAUGGAUAGGUUAAAAGCCUUUUCCACAGUACUUUCAAUUGCAUAAGAUUUUUUUUAGACAAUUCUUGAAAAAAAUCAUGGGCUGAAACAAAACAACUCGUUUUAAGUUCAUACGUGUUGUUGCUUAUUACAUUGUAUUGCAUCUAAGGCAAGAAAACUUAUGAUUAAAAGUAAGAACUACAAACAAUUUAUUGAGCAAAUAUAUAUUAUUAAUAAUAUGAUAAAUUGAACAUAAAUAAGCUUAAAUUAUUUGACAGUAUUCCAAACCUGUUUGAAAUUUUCUGCCUCAAAACUAAUAGACAAUGUUUAUGAAUUUUUUAAACACAUUGCAGAUAACUGCCAAAUAAAAUUCUUACCAUAAGAAUUAUCUCUGCCAAAUGAAACAGAAUACAAAUUUUAAAAUGCAUUAACUUUUAUCACUGCAAAUAUACUUUUAUCUCAGAACUAAUAUCGAUGAUUUCUUCCUUAUAGCAAUUUAAUUUCUGGACAUUAGGAUGGACAAUUAUAGGAUUAUAAAUGAUGAAUAUGGACGAUAUGAAUCAUUUUAUCAGUGUCCAGAAAUAAGCAAAAUUUGUCUUUGGUGCGCGAAUUUUGUAAAUGUUAUAUAGCUAAGGAUUAUUGUUUUUUUAAAGGACUUAUAAAAGGAAACUGAGAUAUGCGUUUCAAUUUCAGGACAAAAAGUUGUGUGAAACUUAAGUGAUGAUAAAAGUUAGCGAUGUAGACGCACUUAAUUUCAUGUUUAUUGUUUAAGUGUAAACUAUUUUCCAUGCCAAAUAAACAAUAUUAAACUGUGGA